CCCCAGGUGACCUUCUCCUUCGAGGCCGGGCGCCGCUGCACGUCUGGAGAAGGCAACUUUGAGUUUGAGACCAGACAAGGCAACGAGAUCUUCCAGGCCAUCGAGUCGGCCAUCGAGGUGCACCGGGGCCGGGAGGCUGAGGAGCCACCACGGGGUGGCCCUGGGGACGAUGGCACCCGGCCUCCCGGCCACACCAAGAAGCCCAGCUGGGCGCAGGGCCGCGAGGAGCCCACUGGCCCCAAGGAGCCCACCUGGGAGGGGAAGGUGCUGAAAGCCAACCCCUACGCCGAGCCCGGUGACUCCCUGCACCGGGGGCACCCCCCGGAGAAGGGUCGGAGGAGGGAUGCCCCAGGCAGGGCAGCCAAUGAAUCCGAGUACGCCGUCCCCUUCGACACCAUCGCCAAGACCCUCGUGGGCCUCCAGUUUGACAGCCUGACCCGUCACCCCGAGAAGGUCCUGGACCCCUUCUACAGCAGCGUCGGGGAGUCGGGGGGUCACAAGCAGCCCCCGCCGCGCCCCAAGCCCGACCACAUCUACGACGAGCCCGAGGGCUACGAUGAGCCCGAGGAGGUGAAGUGGGAGGCGUGGAGGCUGCAGGCAGCUCCCGAGGAGCCCACGGGGCACCAGUGCCCCUACAACCCCCAGAGGGAUGACUACGCCGUGCCCAAGAGACCCGUCCCUCGGCGACAGCCCUUCCUGCUCCAGGGCAAGGAGUGGCUGGGGGACAACGAGUACGACAACGUGGCCCUCAAGUUUGCCAAGAAGAAGAAUUUGCAGUGA